AUUAUUUUAGAUGGAUUGCUUGGAGGAAAUUUUCUUAAAUCCAAAUGCGCCGGAAGGUGUAAAUGAAGAGUUUGUGUACGAAGAGCCCGAUGACGAAUUUGAAUCCCCAGAUGUCCGUGAUGAAUUUGAUUACGAUCACGAUGUUUUUUAUACCAAGGAGGUGUUUGACACACACAUAGAUUUGGUAGACUGGGCUCAAAGAACGGCAAAGGAGCUUGGUUAUGUGUUAGUAACACGAAGAUCAAAUGUCACAAAAGGCGGAGAAGUUAAAAAGGUGGUCCUUAUUUGCAACCGUGGUGGAAAAAAAGAUAAGCGGUCAACCGGGGCACCCAAAGGGAGUACCAAAAUUGACUGUCCAUUCAAAUUGGUAGGCCGUCUGACAAAGGACCAUAGUUGGUGGGUUGAAGUUAUAGAUCACCGACAUAACCAUCCAUCAGCUUGUAAUUUGGAAGGCGUUGCUAGGUUUAGGGCCAAAUAG